GAACAAACAACAGCUCACAACACUUUUUCUCAAAGGCAUAAUCACACAGUCUCUGUAACUGAGAAGAGAAAUGGAGGAGAAUCCGCUGAAUCAAGAAACCCUAUCCUGUUCCAUCUGUCUGGAUCUACUGAAGAGUCCAGUAACUAUUCCCUGUGGACACAGUUACUGUAUGAACUGCAUUAAAUCCCACUGGGAUAAAGAGGAUCAAAAAGGAAUCUACAGCUGUCCUCAGUGCAGGGAAACAUUCACACCGAGGCCUGUUUUGAAGAAAAACACCGUCUUUGCAGCAUUAGUGGAUCAGAUGAAGAAGACUGGACUCCAAGCUACUGCUGCUGACCACUGCUAUGCUGGACCUGAAGAUGUGGCCUGUGAUUUCUGUACUGGAAGAAAACUGAAAGCCAUCAAGUCCUGUUUAGUCUGUCUGGCCUCUUACUGUGAGAAACACCUUCAGCCUCAUUAUGAUUCAUCUGCAUUUAAGAAACACAAGCUGGUGGAGCCGUCCAAGAACCUCCAGGAGAACAUCUGCUCUCGUCAUAAUGAGGUGAAGAAAAUGUUCUGCCGCACUGAUCAGAAGUGUAUCUGUAGUUUGUGUUUAAUAGAGGAACAUAAAGGUCAUGACACAGUGUCAGCUGCAGCAGAAAGGACUGAGAGGCAAAGAGAGCUGGAGGAGAAACAAAAGAAAAUCCAACAAGUGCUCCAGGAAAAAGAGAAAGACAUGAAUCUGCUUCAACAGGAGGUGGAGGCCAUCAAUCACUCUGCUGAUAAAACAGUGGAGGACAGUGAGAAGAUCUUCACUGAGCUGAUCCGUCUCCUCCAGAAAAGAAGCUCUGAUGUGAAGCAGCAGAUCAGAUCCCAGCAGGAAACUGAAGUGAGUCGAGUCAAAGAUGUUCAGGAGAAGCUGGAGCAGGAGAUCACUGAGCUGAAGAGGAAAGACGCUGAGCUGGAGCAGCUCUCACACACAGAGGAUCACAACCAGUUUCUCCUCAACUACCCCUCACUGCCAGCACUCAGUGAGUCUACACACUCAUCCAGCAUCAAGGUUCGUCGUCUGAGACACUUUGAGGACGUGACAGCAGCUGUGUCAGAGCUUAGAGCUGAACUACAGGACGUCCUGAGAGAAACGUGGAAACAAAGCUCACUGACACUCACUGAGGUGGAUGUUCUACUGUCAGAAUCAGAACCAGCUAGCAGAGAUGGAUACUUAAAAUAUUCGUGUGAAAUCACUCUGGAUCCAAACACAGCUCACAAAUGGCUGGUGUUGUCAAGGGAAAACAGGAAGGUGACAAGAAAGGCUCAACAUCAGUCUUAUUCUAGUCACCCAGAAAGAUUCACUCACUGGCGCCAAGUUCUGAGUAAAGAGAGUUUCACUGGACGUUGUUACUGGGAGGUGGAGAAAAGAGGGAGAGUUUAUGUAGCAGUCGCAUACAAGAAUAUCAGCAGAGCAGGAAGUGGGAAUGAAAGCUUAUUUGGAGGUAAUGACAAAUCUUGGGCUUUAGAUUGUCACCAAACCCAUUAUAAAUUUGGUCACAACAACAUUUGGACCUCCAUUUCAAGUCCGUUUUCCUCCAGAGUCGGAGUGUACCUGGAUCACAGAGCAGGUGUUCUGUCCUUCUACGGCGUCUCUGAAUCCAUGACUCUGAUCCACAGAGUCCAGACCACAUUCACUGAGCCGCUACACGCUGGAAUUUGGGUUGGGUUUGCAUGCCAUGCAGAGUUCUGUGAACCCAAAUAGACAGAACCCACGUAAGGUUCUGUGGGUUUGAUGCAGAAUCUUAAUCCUGCAACAGAUUUGUUCUUGAUUGUCGUUAUUUUGUUUCUAAACUGCAUAUAAAUCAAUAGGUAGAGAUUGUAAGCACUGGUUUUUCUUAAAGUCCGAUUUUCUUUAAAACAGCUGAUCAGCACAAGAAUAUUUACUGUUUCCACUUUCAGGCUUUGAACUCAGAAAUAAAACGACAUACUACUCCUCAAGUUGAAAAAGUGAAAUCAGUGCAUUGAUAAUGUUAUUGUUUUAACUCAUUUACCAAUGAAUAUGACCAAUUAUAAUAUUACUAAUUACCAACAAAUUGAUAAUAUAUUAAUUUACCAAUUAAAUUAAUAUUUAUUAAUGAGACAACAUAUAUUGUCUUAUGUGGACUUAAGCUGGUUACAUGUUUUGUUAAUUCUUAGGCGGAAAACAUUCAGAAUAAAACUGUCAUGUCAAAUCUUCACUGUUAAGCUGUGUUGGUGAUGGGAUGCUGCCCCCUACAGGAAUGUUUCGUUCUUACAUGACAAUGGGUCCAGGAAAUGUUUAUUAUUGUUUCAUUAAUAUAUAGAGAAUGAAUCUGUGUAAACCAAAUUAUUAUUUUAUCAUUUCUGUGUUUGUGUGUUUUGUAUAAAAAUAAAUAAAGCUUUGAUUUAUACAUGAACACUUCCAGAAUAUUUUAUAUGGGAAAUACAUCAACAUAACCACAUGAUCCAGUUUCUCCAUAGAGUUCUGAUCGACUCUCCUGCUCAGAGUUAAAUCAUCAUAAAACCAACAGUAAGAAACCAUCAACGUCCACACAAUAUUCAAAAAACGUUUUGUGACAAAUUAGGGGGUUAUAAUUUAAGAGGAAAAGGAAAUUUAAAAAAAGAAAUAAUGUAUUAGAACACCCAGAAAGAGUUUUUUGUACAUCAGUGUGUGGAGUAGAUUUAUGGAAUGUAUUAAAUUAUAAAUUUAAGUUGAAAAGCAGUUCAAAAAUGAGCUUAUGGGGAAAUAUGUUGUAUAGGGUGGGCGUCUCAAAGACCAAACAUACUAUUGUUGAUAUUAAAAAUGUAUAAUUUUACAUUUGAGGUUGAGAAUGUGAGGUUAGCAUGUCAUUCAACAUGGGACGAAUUUAAGAGUUUUCCUGGGGAGAUUUAAAUAUUUGGAAGUUGAUGGGUAUGAGAAGGGUUC